AUGCCUAUUAACUAUCCGUUCAUGAAACAGCUCAAGCUCAAGACAAUCAUAUACGUUGGGGAUUUGUGCCAUGAGAAGGCGAAAAAAAAAGGCAGGGACGAAAAGCCAAAGAAAGAUAAGAACGGAACAGCGGAGAUAUAUGAAAAGUACAAGGCGUGGAUAGAAUCCACCGAUAUCAACUUUCACCCUCUUUUGGUGCAUUCCUCACAAGAACCGUUUACCCUGAUAGAGACUCAGGCUCAAACACAGGAGUCAUUAAGAGCUGCCCUACAUCUCAUACUAGAUAAGCGAAAUUUCCCAAUACUUAUACACUCCAAUAAAGGCAAGCACAGAAUCGGUGUGUUGGUGGGGCUACUAAGAAAGCUUCUCCAGGGAUGGUGUAUGAGUGGGAUAUUUGAGGAGUAUGAGAAGUUCGCCAUGGGCAAAUCCGAAUUUGAUUUGGAGUUUAUAGAGAUGUGGCAGCCUGAGCUCACUUAUGAGCAAGAAUGGCUUCCUGACUUUGUACGAACUACAUGA